GCCUGCGCUGGGAGCGCUGACCAUGGCUCCCUGGCCUCAGCUGGAAAAUGCCCAGCCCAACCCCAAUAAGUACACAGAAGGGGCCACGAGCCAGCAGUCCACCACACCUGGGAAAGUCAAGGACACCAGCCCAAAUGAAAGCGGGGCCCCCGUCACCAAGAUCGAGCUUCUGCCGUCGUAUUCCACCGUGGCGCUGAUAGAAGAGCCCACAGCAGUGGAAGACCCCUGGGACCUGCCUGAGCUCCAGGACACAGGGAUCAAGUGGUCAGAGAGAAAUACCAAAGGGAAGAUUCUCUGUGUCUUCCAAGGAAUUGGGAAAUUUAUUUUGCUUCUGACAUUUCUCUACUUCUUCGUGUGCUCGCUGGAUGUCCUCAGCAGUGCCUUCCAGCUGGUUGGAGGAAAGGUGGCCGGGCAGUUCUUUAGCAACAACUCUAUUAUGUCCAACCCUGUGGCUGGCCUGGUGAUCGGAGUGCUGGUGACUGUCCUGGUGCAGAGCUCCAGCACCUCCUCGUCCAUUGUCGUCAGCAUGGUGGCCUCUUCAUUGCUGACUGUGCGUGCCGCCAUCCCCAUCAUCAUGGGUGCCAACAUUGGGACCUCCAUCACCAACACCAUUGUGGCACUCAUGCAGGCGGGAGACCGGAAUGAGUUCAGAAGGGCUUUUGCGGGGGCUACUGUCCAUGACUUUUUCAACUGGCUCUCAGUGUUCGUGCUCUUGCCCCUGGAGGCGGCCACCCAUUACUUGGAGAUCCUGACCAACUUGGUGCUAGAGACCUUUAACUUCAAGAAUGGAGAAGAUGCCCCAGCACUUCUAAAAGUUAUCACAGAUCCCUUCACAAAACUCAUUAUCCAGUUGGAUAAGAAAGUUAUCAACCAAAUUGCAAUGAAUGAUGAAGAAGCUAAAAACAAGAGUCUGAUCAAGAUUUGGUGUGACACUUUUACCAAUGUGACUCAGAUGAAUGUCACUGUCCCCUCGCCUGAGAACUGCACCUCCCCUUCCCUUUGUUGGUCGGACAGUUCCUACACCUGGACCAUCAAGAACGUGACCUACACGGAGAACAUUGCCAAGUGCCAGCACAUCUUUGUGAAUUCCAGCCUCCCGGAUCUUGCUGUUGGUAUAAUCUUGCUGUUAGCCUCCCUGCUGGUCCUCUGUGGCUGCCUGGUCAUGAUCGUCAAGCUUCUGGGCUCCGUGCUCCGGGGACAGGUGGCUGUUGUCAUCAAGAAGACCCUCAACACUGAUUUUCCUUUUCCUUUUGCCUGGGUGACUGGCUACCUGGCCAUCCUUGUGGGAGCAGGUAUGACCUUCAUCGUGCAGAGCAGCUCUGUGUUCACAUCUGCUAUGACCCCACUGAUCGGUAUUGGUGUGAUCACCAUUGAGAGGGCAUAUCCACUCACGCUGGGCUCCAACAUCGGCACCACCACCACCGCCAUCCUGGCUGCUUUAGCCAGCCCAGGCAAUACUCUGAGGAGCUCAUUGCAGAUCGCCCUGUGCCACUUUUUCUUCAACAUCUCGGGCAUCUUGCUGUGGUACCCAAUCCCAUUCACCCGCCUCCCCAUCCGCCUGGCCAAGGGACUGGGCAACAUCUCCGCCAAGUACCGCUGGUUUGCCGUCUUCUACCUCAUCUUCUUCUUCUUUCUGACGCCGCUGGCCGUGUUUGGCCUCUCGCUGGCGGGCUGGCCGGUGCUGGUGGGCGUGGGGGUGCCCAUCAUUCUCGUGAUCCUCCUGGUGGUGGUCCUCAGGCUCCUGCAGUCCCGCUGCCCGCGCAUCCUGCCCAGGAAGCUCCAGAGCUGGGACUUUUUGCCGCUGUGGAUGCACUCGCUGAAGCCCUGGGACGAGCUGAUCUUCCUGCUCACUGGCUGCUGCCAGACGCGCUGCUGCUUCUGCUGCCGGGUCUGCUGCCGCGCCUGCUGCCUGUUGUGUGGCUGCCCCCGCUGCUGCCGCUGCAGCGGGUGCUGCCAGAACGUGGAGGAAGAGCAGGAUACGCCCAUCAAGGCCCCCGAGGCCUUUGAUAACAUAGCCAUGAGCCCAGAGGCCCAGAUCGGGGUCCCCAAGUCUCAGGCGAAUGGCCGGGACACAAAGAUCACCUCCGACAGCACAGCCUUGUAAGGGCUGCCCAGAGGUGGGAGGAAGGGCCACGUCCCACCUGUCUCCGAUGGCCUUUCUCUGCCUGGCCAGGAUUCCUUUCCUGCUGAGAAUUGGAGUUGACAUCCGCCCCAGCUCUGACUGCCUUUGACCCAGCAUAUCAGCCCGCACAGUGGCUUCAUCUCAGCCUGCCCCCACUCUCGACCACACCGCCCUCCCCUUCACCGAGCUUGGCUCCCAGAAAGUUGCAGAGCAACCCUGAAAAAUGAUGAAAGACAAUGGCUGGACAUGAUCACACUGGCCCACCUCCGGCAACAGCUGAGUUGGUCAACACGACCUACUUUCAGACUCAAACCAUCCUCUUCCAAAGGAAGAGCCUCGAGGGAGGGAUUGAUGGGAGGUUCUCAAAGAUGCAGAGGUUAAGUGUGUAUGUUAUUGUGAUAAAGCUCAGACAGCUCUCUCUUUGACCAAAGACUUGCUUCAACCAAGAUCAGCUGCCCCAGGAGUCCUUGCCCCAGAUCAGACCCAUCUGGGGGGAAACAGUGUCAUGGUUUGGAGACUUGAAGACCACAGGGGUGGGCUCUUUCUCUCUUCCCGGAGCUCCCCAAGGCCCUUGUUAGGAGGUCCUCACCUGGGCAAGUCUGGCCAUCUAAGUUUCCCUGCUGUGUCCUUGUCCGAGUUUUCAGGGCAGGAGCUGCAUCUGAGCUCCCGAGAGAGGUUCAGGGUGCACUUGGGCUCACGUGUUAGCUCCAUCUAUCUGAGAAGACUGUUCUGUUCCUGAGCUGGCAGUUGGAGGAUGAGCAAGGGAAUGGCAAGCCCUGGAGGGGAGUGUGGGGGAGACAGUUUAUCUGCUAAAAGGGUCUAGGGCUCUUUUUGAUUUGGCUACUUUAGAAGCCAAACUGACAGUUGUGGCCAAGCCUAGUGCUGCUCUUUCAGUCAGAUAAAAUCAUCCCUGAUGAGUCUUUUGGAAGAAGAUAAGGCAGCCCCUCUGAGUCCGGUCCACUGCUGCAACCUUGAACCUCACGAAGGAUCUGGGCAUGGGACAAUGGGAACUUCUUUCUGCCAACUCACUCUCCACACUAGAUAGAGGUUUGGGUUGGCUUUUCAGUGGGCAGCUUCCAUCCAUCGAAGCCAGAAAUGCUUUCCAAGAAUUCUCUCACAUUCCCAUAGACAAGUGAGCUUUGAUUUUUCUGCCCUCCCUCCAUGCCUGUGGAGAUCCACACUUUUCUCAGAGGGAGAAACCAGGGCAGCACUGGACUUCCCACGAAACAGUGGUCAUCAAGUAGAAGUAGGGGGUCUGUGUGUGGCUGCGGGUUCAAGGGGUGUCCUUUUCUUGCCGCAGAUACCUUCUUUGUGCCUUCUAGAGUAGCCUGUUGUGUUUAUACCUCCUUUCUCCACUGCUUCUUACCCUCAGCAAUCCUAGUUCUCCCUGGAGAGGGAGGGAGCUUCAGCUGAGUCUGGGGAAGGGGGUUCAGUGCAGCCUCACUCCAAGACCUGUUCGCUCCCACCUUGGCUUAUCCUUCAUCUUUGCAGGUUGGGAUACCAAACUGAGCCCUCCCCUGACCCUUACCCAUGUAGAUACCAGUUCUGAGACAGAGUGAUUUAUACUCUAUAUUUAUAGCCGCACAUGUGUACAGCAUUUUUCAUGAGUUACAUAGAUAGUGUGAUUUGUGUUUUAUAGUGCUCUCAUUUGGAAAUGAGGCCAGGUUCUACUAUGAAAUAGAAAGAGCACCUUUGUAUAUUUUGUGACACUGUCUUUUCAACGUGUUCCAGUAGCUGAGCGCAUGCCACACCCCCUGUAAAUAUGUAAGUUAAACCUGGCCCUCUUUGCACACUGAUUUAAAAAAAAAAAAUUGGAUCCUUGUACCGCG